AUGGUGGGCAUCAACGACGUCCGCAAAUCCAACGCUGCUCUCCACGCCCGCGAUGGAGACUUCGUCGCGGUUUUCGUGGGAGGAACCAGUGGAAUCGGAGAAGCAACAGCCAAGGAGCUAGCUAAGGCGAUCAAAAAGCCGACAAUCCACCUCGUGGGACGGAAUCAAGCCGCCGGAUCGAAGAUAUUGGAGGAACUUAAAGCAGCCAAUCCCGAUGGGACCUUCCACUUUAUCCAGUCGGACGUAUCACUUCUCCGGAACGUAGACGAAGUGUGUUCGGAAAUCAAGCAGAAGGAAAAGGCGAUCGAUCUAUUAUUCCUCUCGACGGGACACACCACCGAGGGCCUCGAGAACAACCAUGCCCUCCGCUACUACUCCCGGAUGCGCUUCGUCCACAACCUCAUCCCGCUGCUUGGCGCAUCCAAUGGCCCAGCCCGCGUCGUGAGCGUCCUAGCCGCCGGCCAGGAAGGCAAAAUUGAAGAAGAUAACUUCGACCUUCAGAAGUCGUGGUCCUUCAUGAAAUCCAACACGUAUGCCGCCACCAUGAAUUCCCUCGCGGUAGAGCACCUGGCCACCCUGUACCCGUCCAUCAGCUUCGUUCACGUAUUCCCCGGCAUCGUCCGCACCCCUCUCAUGAACAAGACCCUCGGCUGGAUCGCAGGCCCCAUCGUUACCUUCCUAUCGCGACCGAUGUCGAUUUCUCCGCAGGAGAGUGGUGAGCGGCACGUGUUCAUCUCAACCUCCGCUGCCUACCCACCCGCGACGCCUGAGGACCCGGCCCAUGCGGGCGUGCCGCUUGUGGAGGGGGUGAAGACAAGCGUCGCGUCGACUGGGAAAAUCGGCGGAGGAUCGUAUAUCCUCAACUAUGAUGGGGCCAAUGCAGCACAAGAGAAGAUCAUGAGCGGAUAUCGAGCGGAGGACUUCCCGAAGAAGCUCUGGGCUCAUACUCUGGAGACGUUCAAGAAGGUGUUUGAUCCGGCGCAGUAA